AUGGUACGAAUAUCGCAAAAUUCUCAGAUACGACACUUCAAACUAACCACUACUUCGUACCAGGCCUCGACUUCAGCAUCUGUCGGGCUCACCCAGCCAAGUAUAAUCAAAUACCUAUACGCCUCUGCUGUCCUCCUCCAUGCUGCAGAUACAUAUAUCUUCUACACCGGCUCCACGAUCCUUUUCCCCAACCGCGUGCCUUUCCUUGAAAGCGCAAUGGCACGAUACUUCUGCCGAAACAGCGGUAACCUCGUUCUUCCCUUUGCGCUGAAUGCAUGGUUUCUGCGGGGCUAUCAUAUCCGUAAAACGCACGUUGGACGCGUUGUCGGGUCGUGUUUCUUGUUGUAUCAUAUAGCUACUCUAGGACUCAUCAGCUGGAGCUCCUUCUUCUCCGGCGGCGCUGAGUAUGAGCUGGCUAAUGUUUGGGGGAUCCUGGGGCUGCACGCUGGCUGGGCAGGUGUUGCAGCCUGGGGGCUGCUUUUUGCGUGA